CAAAUCACGUGCCCAGUUGAGAAAUAUUCCAGCAGCAGAAAGAAUUGAACUGGCAGAGUGCUGUGCCCAGUGAGGGAAGAGUAAGGCCCAGCCCAAACUGGCACCAGAGCGGCAAGACACAUAGAUGAAUGAAUGUGGAGCCGGUCAGCCAACUAUCAAUACCCGUGAGUCACCCCUCUCGGCCUCAAUUGCGCGGCUUGUGCUGCUGCAGCUUUAAAUAGUGGGCUGACUAUUCCAAGUCAGAGAGGGGAGGGGUGAGCGGAGUGCGGCGCUUUUCUGAAACUGUGCAAGAAAGAAAAGAGAGACAAGGGGAAGAGAAAAGUGAGCACAGUCUGGAUCCCGUGCCUCUGUCUAAGCGAGCGCUGCUCCUUUUUUAGCCGCCCCCGAGUUGCGCUGAAUGCAAGAUCCUCUCUCCCCCCCCCCAGCUGGAUGUACUCAGGGCCGGACCACCCAAACACAAGUGCCAGGCUCUCUGAUAAGCCCUUUGUUUGCUGCUGGAGAGCAGAGAUCCAGCCAUGCCCAGCAGGAGAAGCAUCGUGCAAGUAUGUGUGCAGGACGUGCAAAAGCGGCGCAGCCCCAACAAGCAUUAUGUAUACAUCAUAAAGGUGACAUGGUCUAAUGGAACAACAGAGGUCAUCUACAGGAGGUACAGCAAAUUCUUUGACCUGCAGAUGCAAAUUUUGGAUAAGUUUCCAGUGGAAGGAGGUCAGAAGGAUCCAAAACAGAGAAUUAUCCCUUUCUUGCCAGGUAAAAUUCUGUUCAGAAGGAGCCACAUACGAGAUGUCGCUGUGAGGAGACUGAUACCAAUUGAUGAAUACUGCAAGGCACUUAUCCGGCUGCCAGCCUAUAUCUCCCAGUGUGAUGAAGUGCUACAGUUUUUCGAAGCCAGAGUAGAAGACUUCAACCCACCGAAAGAGGAACCUUUUGGAAGGAAGAAACUGGGGAUUUUCAAGAAAACAUCUUUUAGAACAGGUGGAGAUUCUUCCUCAUCUGAUGCUUUGGUGCUGGAUCAGUAUGUUGUGGCGGCAGCUUAUGACAAACAGGAGAGCUCGGAAAUCAGCCUGCAAGUGGGACAAGUUGUCGAUAUCAUUGAGAAAAACGAGUCUGGCUGGUGGUUUGUGAGCACGGCAGAUGAGCAAGGCUGGGUACCUGCUACCUGUCUAGAAGCUCAGGAUGGUGGCCAGGAUGACUUCACAAUUCAACCUGAAGAAGCCCCUUGGAGAUACUGGUCCUUGCCCAGACAUGUCGGCCGCCGACGGACCCUUGGGGAUUUGUACGGCAGUGGAUGGGGUCCAGAAGAGAAGUAUAUAGUGGUCUACCCCUAUACAGCAAGAGAUCAGGAUGAAAUCACCCUAGAAAAGGGAUAUGUUGUGGAAGUCAUUCAGAAGAACCUAGAGGGAUGGUGGAAAAUCAGAUACAAAGGCUCAGAGGGAUGGGCUCCUGCUUCCUAUUUAAAAAAGGUCAGUGGUGACCUGUUGUCCCAGAAACUGGCUGCAGGAUCCGGUGCAAACUCUAGUGCCCUAGACUUGGAUGGUAUCACCAGGCAGCACAGCUUCACAGGGCAGGAACGGGAGAGCCCAGCUCAUCUGAGAGAGGGGAGAAUUGAUACACGACCCCCUCAUUUUGCAGAUAUAAAGAGGAAAUCUCCUGUAUUAAGACAACGGCCACCUCCUCGGCGUGAUCUCACUAUUCCCCGUGGUCUCAAUCUUCCAACACCACCUACUCCCCCACAUGUUGAAGAAGAGUUUUACACUAUUGCAGACUUCCAGACAACCAUACCAGACGGUAUUAGUUUCCAGGCUGGGCUGAAGGUUGAAGUCAUAGAGAAGAAUCAUAGUGGGUGGUGGUAUAUUCAGAUGGAAGAUAAAGAGGGAUGGGCUCCAGCAACAUUCAUAGACAAGUACAAAAAGACUAGCAGUGCCUCAAGACCUAACUUUUUGGCUCCAUUACCUAAUGAGAUGGCCCAGCUAUGCUUGGGAGAUGCCAAUGCUGAAAAUAACACAGAGGAAGAAGCAACUGGCCCAUGUAGGCCGUUGCCUGAACCACCACAAAAUGGUACAGAUUCCACAUCAAAAUGGUCCAAGGACUGGAAAGGCAAAGAUCCUGGACUUAAAGGCAUUCAAAUAAAUGGACGAGACCUUGGUGCCAACAGUGUGUAUGAUGAAGCUGCUGGUGAUCUUGAGGAGAAGCCAAACCUACCACCAAGGAAAGAAUCCAUGUUAAAAACAGAUGAUGCUUCUGAACGAACAAGCAUGCAUCAGCUUAGAGUACCACCUUCCAAACCACCCAGCAGCCUGAUGGCACCCAUCCCUCAGAAAAUCAUACCUUCAAAGGAGACUAGAAAACCCGAGUUAAAAAAUGACAAAAACAAAAUCUUUCAGCUGAAAAACGAAAUGGGGAUUGAGUGUGGUCACAAAGUGUCCCCUAAGGAACUGAAAAAACCCAUGCUUAAGCCUGUUGCCAACAAACCAAAGCCUGAGCCACCUACAGAAAAGCCUGACUCCAUAGCCCCAAAUGCAUUUUUGAAACCUAAGCCAGUUGUGAGGCCAAAGCCAGUGACUGCUCCUAAAACUGAUCCUCAUAAUGAUGAUAAAGUUGAUAUUUCAAAUCUGAGAAGCAGACUCAAACCAGCAUCAAAAUCCAUAGACAAGCCAAAUGACCAGGAAUUUGCAGGAAAUGGUGCCUCCUCAUAUCCAACAUCAACUUCAGGGGCUGCUGGCAGACCCCAGGAUAGACCAGAUCUAAGGCCUUUACAAAAACAGGAUGGUGAUGGCACUAGAGAACCUCCUUUCAAAGCUCUCCCAGUACCCUCUAGAACUGUUGACAGUGAUCUGAAAGGUGGGAUGGUAUCUGGUAAAGAACCACCUCAAAGGCCUAUGAUCCCUCCAAGAAGGCCCCCUCCUCCAAAAAAAGCUAGUGUGUCUUCUGAUACAACUGAGGGAAAAAUACAGAAGGACUCGGAACUUACAUCUUCCCCAUUGGGAAACAGACCAAUAAUGGUUCCACCUAGAGCCAGACCAUUUAAUCUGUCAUCAAGCAAUGAUGAUACCAAAGUCAAACCUAGCUUUGUUCCAAAGACACAGGUGCCAAGGCAGAUGGAUAAAGAAAUAAGGGAAAAGCCAGGCUUCUCCUUACCAACCCCAGAGGUUUCUAAAGAAACACAUUAUGUGGCUGUUGCUGAUUUUGAUGGAGAUGAGGACACCAGCAGCUUUAAAGAAGGGACGGUGUUUGAUGUUCAAGAAAAAAGCUCUGGUGGCUGGUGGUUUUGUAGGGUCCUUAGUGGAGGCCCCGCUUGGGAGGGCUGGAUACCUUCCAACUAUCUAAGAAAGAAGCCAUAGUGGCUCUUUUAGUUUACGCAAUUCAAUAGUCUUCAAUUUCAUGUGUAUUUAAUUAGCCGAUUAAUUUAUAGUUUUUACAUAAAGCCUGCUUUUUUUUAAUACAUUCCAUAUUUUUUUUAUAUUACUUUUAUAUGAACAGCAAGAGAAGGACAGGAAUUGGGAAAAAUAUAAUUUUGUGCAGAAUUGGUACAAGAGAUGUUGUUAGUGAGCUAUACCUCCCUGCAUCACCCUCUGAUAUUAUCAUGCAGCAUUACUCAGAAGGCCACUAAGAUUGGUAUUACAGCAAUGGUUUGAGGGACACAGGCUGGCUAGGUACUUUCCCUCAAGUACCAAGAAAAUCCAACCAUGAAUGUUUUUAGCGUUUAUUAAAAGAAGCCCUAUUUAGGUAAGUUCAUUCAUCUAGAACUAGCUGUACGGUAUAUUAGUGAAAUCCAAUGUGCUGUCAUUUCUGAUAACGCUCUCCAUACUUGGAUUAGGACAUGAGCUUGAAUAUAGUGUCACGUUCAUCUUUAACAGCAAAUCCAUACAAGUUUUUAUCCUGAUACAGCAGCCUAUUUAGCCAGAAGUCAUUUGGAACAGUCCUGCAUUUCUAAUGAAGUUCUGUGAAAGGUCGAAACCAUGAAAGAGGGAGCUCAUGUGCCUUUUAUCUUCCAAAUCAGACAUCUAUCCAGAUAGAAGCUACAGCUCAUUAUUACUUUUAUGUUUUGUUUUUGCUAUGUAAAUAGCUGGCAAAACGUGCACUUACUGUCCAAAAACAGACAUAUGGAUUGCAGACACGGGAAGAAAUCACGUCCGGUAUAAAGAUUUUCUAAAGAAAAGGAAAUGAGUUCCUGUAGGACAGGGAUCCCCAACCUUUUUUACCCAUGAGCCAUUUUCAAAUGUAAAAAGAGCAACACAACCAUCAACAAAGUUCUUGGAGUGCCAAAUAAAGCAUAUGAUUGGCUAUUUGGUAGCCCUGUGUGGAUUGGUAGCGUACAGGAGGCUCUGUUUUUCCAUAAAUCAGUUUUUUAUACAACCAAAACUUGCCUCUAAGUCAUGCAUUCAAAAAUAAGCACCUGCUUUGAGGCCCCUGGGAGCAACAUCCAAAGGGUUGGUGAACAACAUAUUGCUCGCGAGCCUCUGAUUGGGGAUCACUGAUGUAAGGCUUAGUUCCCCUUACAUAACAUUAAUGUUUGAUUCUCUAUUUCAGUCUGAGGUAUUCACAUUGGGCUAGUAAGGAUCCCUGGUUAGUUUAAUAAUAAGGAACUAAGGUUUUGAAAAGUGUCCAACGGCAACUCACUACAGUCAAUGGAGGCUCCGAGUGCAACACCCCAAAUCUUUAGGGGGGAUCCAUAUGGUGAAAUGCAUGCACUCUAUGAGAAAACUCCAGACCAAGCUUAUUAUGGUCAUUUUUUGAAGACAGCAUUGUGCGCUUCAUUAGCACAUAGGCCUUGAUUACUGUGAACAGGCUGGGUACAUAUUUUCAUUAGGAGUCAAAAUGGCUGACCGUACAUCAUUAGAUUUUUUUUUUUUUUUAGAAAUUUGAUGUGUAUUUGAGAAUUAAAUAUGGGCUAGGCUGUAGCUGAAAGCUGAUAUUUGUAUGUAGCGGAGCUGUGCUCCAACCUUUUGCUGAUAUAGAGGAGCCACAUUUCCGCUGCCUCUCUUCUGUUUACUUCGACAGAUGUUAAUUUAAACAUUAACAUGGAAAGAUUAUAUAUAAAAAAAAAAUUACACAGUGCACAUUUUAUUGAGUAUAUUUUUAUCCUGCAGUAUUAUUAUAUAUCUUGCUAUUGCUUCACCAAAAUGGGGGCUGCGUCACCCAAGUGCAUGUUUUUAGUUUCACUAGAAAUGUAUCAUCCUGAAAACAACUAAAUGUUUACUUAGCCGAGCACCCCUUUCCUUUUGACAUUUCCGGUGUCUGGCCAAAGUUACAGCUCAACAUGUAACGGGGGCAAAGAUGGCUCGGGUAACCUCUAGCAGUCAGUCAAGAGUUAGAAUGUAGGGGUCUGCUUUGGGAAAGCAAAGUUGUGACUGGCUCCUGUGGCUUACUAGUCUUGUAACAAUCUCAGACAUGCCAACCGUGUGCCUAGCUGUGCCCAGUGCUUCUUGGGGGGGGGGUGAAAAUUGAUUUGGAUGGAACAUACAGGGAGGGAGACUCCAGUAACCAGGUGAGGGCCUGCGGGAAACUGCUGAAAAAUACAUGUGAGUUGGCAUAGCUGUAAUCUUUGCACCUGUAACAUUACACCAUUCUGAUCUUAAAGGGGUGGCUCACCUUCACGUUAACUUUUAGUAUGUUAUAGAAUGGCUGAUUCUAAGCAACUUUUCAGUUGGUUUUCAUUUUUUUACUUUUUGAAUUAUUUGCCUUUUUCUUCUGACUCUUCCCAGCUACAUCAUACUAAAAGUUAACUCAAAGGUGAACAAUCCCUUUUCGAUCAUGUUGCACUUCCAACCCAGGCCAGAUUUGGUAGAGUUCCACAUGGAAAGGUCUAUUUCUAUACCAAAUACAAAAUGUAGGACUUAAUUCACCCAAACACACCAUCUACCCAUUCCACACCCAGAAAACCUCAGACUAUGUCUACCCACAACCCACUUUCUGGUACAGUAUGUCUGCAAUAAUUGUUUUAUUUUAAUGUUUACAUACUUUAACAUAGGCCAAAA